UGAAAUGACGUGCUAUGAAUCACCAAUAUUUCUCCGCUUUUUGUCAUUUGGCGGCAAGCCGCACAAUCAGCACAGCUUCACCAAUCCAGAAACCAACAGGUCGGAGAACAUUUGCUGUUUUCUUCUGGAGGAAAGCUUCAAAAUAUUCCAUAGGUCAUAAAUUCUUUCCAGAUUGACCAAUAUGUUUUUUAGAGGGAAGUGAUUGCCUGUGAUAUCAGAACAAAAGUGGGACUUUGCCUCAGGACCAGGCCGGCCCCCAGCACUCUGCAGCCAACGAAACUCAGAGGUGACUUCCACUGUGGCAACACGUCGCUUAAUGCUCGGCACAACUGAUGGGCUCAUGUGACACCUGACAGGCUCUCUCUCACUUCUACCACACAAGAGACAAGAGGUCAUGAUGAGCUCAGAAAGGAACGAGCAGGUCGUCAUUGACACCCACUACACCACGGUUCACACACUGGGCAAGCAAGAUGAGCCCAAGCGGCUACGCUACAUGCAGAAAGAUGGCAGGUUCCCUGUGGUUUUCCAGAAGUCCCCUGGGGACUGGAGCCCCUACCUGAUGGACAUCUUCACCACUCUUGUGGAGAUCCGCUGGAGGGUGAUGUUCCUCAUCUUCUUCCUCUCUUACAUCCUCUCCUGGCUCUUCUUCGGACUCUGUUAUUGGCUCAUUGCACAUGUAAAUGGAGACAUUCACAAUCCAGAUAACAGCCCCUGCGUGGAGAACGUGCGAGGCUUUACCGGAGCCUUCAUGUUCUCAAUGGAGACCCAGGCAACUAUCGGCUAUGGCUUCAGGGGGAUGACUGAGAACUGUAUAGUGGCCAUUAUGGUGGUGACAGUUCAAGACAUAUUCAGCUGCCUCCUCGACACUAUCGUGAUUGGUAUUGUCAUUGCUAAAAUGGCGUCUGCUCGUAAGAGAGCUCAGACGGUGGGUUUUAGCAGCUGCGCAGUGGUCAACCUGCGAGAUGGGGUCCUGUGUCUGUCAUGGCGACUUGGGGACUUAAGAGGCAAUCAUAUCCUGGAAGGUGUCGCCAGGGCUCAGGUAGUCCGCUAUGUGAAACAGCCAAAAGGGUCCAUUGUGAUGUCAUACCAGGAUCUGGACAUCCAGAAUCGAGACAUCGUCCUCGCCACACCAGCCACCAUUAUUCACAAACUAGAGCCGGGCAGUCCUCUCUACAGCCUGGGCCCUGAAGACCUGCUGGAGGACAACUUUGAGCUGGUGGUGUCCUUCACCUACACCGGUGACUCCACGGGUAUGCUCCACCAGACGCGAACCUCAUAUUCUCCAGCAGACAUCCACUGGGGUCAGCGCUUCCAGGAAAUGCUGAAAGUGGGCAAGAAGCGGUACAAGGUGGACUACGCUUUGUUCAACGUAACCACAUGGGUGCCCGUGCCCCUGCUCAGCGCAGAGGAGUUUGACAGGGGGCGGCGUCCUGCUGAAGGCGGUCGGUCCCACAGUUCACACUUUCCAUCUGUCAUGAGGAACGGACACAUUAGCCAGGUGAAUUGUGACGUCACUGAAGAGGUGAUGGAGCAAACCUGUUUGUAGCUUCAACAAACAGAAAAAAUACACUUUAUAAUAUAGAGUGGACUUAACCUAAAAUGCUACAUUUUAGGGAUGUGCUCUUGUAAAUAUAUUUAUAUGUGAUUUUAUGUACAGUGUUUAUAUUUUUUACGCUUCAGAUUACCACAAAUAUGAGCCAAAUUAAAGUUGCAUCAUUGCUUUGAAACCCCUAAACAUGCAUUGAAGCAAUAAUUACAUGAUGUGAUACUUGUGCAAAGAAGCUGGAGAUGUACUUAGAUCUUUUACCUACAACAAUAAUAAAACGUGAGUUUUUUUAAUCAUUAACUCUAUAAUUUAGAUAUGAAAGUAGACAGAAAUGGCACCAGGCUGCCAAUCUGACACCAUUUCCAAAUGAAGAUGGUUUUAUUAUGCUAUGUCCAUUACAUAUUUACUUUACAUAAUGAUAUGUUGAGGCAAAAAACUUGUUUAUUGCCAGUUUAAGUACAAAGGUUAAAGUGAUUUCAUCAUUUACUUAAAGUGGCAGCAGACAACUUUCUCAACCCCUCACAUCUCCAAGUAGUAUUUUUGUGGCACCAUCUGCACUUAUAAAUGGUGCCAGGCUGCCAACUUGGCACCAUUUAUCAAUGCAGAUGGUGCCAAUUAUUCUAUAUCCAUUACAUUGUGCAAGGGUUAACAAUAAUCAUUCCUGUUUUCAUCUAAGACGCAAACAACAAUAACAAUUUUUGAAAUAAUUUCUCUCAAAUAUAGAUAUGAAUGUAGACAGGAAUGGUGUCAGGCUGCCAACCAGGCACCAUUUUUAAGCGUAGAUUCCUUAUGUUUCAUUUUUAUGUAUACAACACACUGCGUUUUCGUAAUGAUACGUUAAAGCAAAAAACUUGUCCAUUUCCAGUUUACGUAAGUGCAACGUUAAAACAUCAAAAUAUGAAGUACCAAAGGCAAAGAAAGCAUCAUGCAGAAUAUAUAUGUGUCAUAUUACUGGUUUGAAUCUAUAAAUGUGCGCAUCACUUUAAUGUUGAAGCCUUUUAAGCUUUAUAGUUCAAUUGCUGGGUAGCUUGUGACUUCCCCCUUGAAGGAUCAAUAAAGUUUUACCUGAAUCCU